UUUGUUAAAGAAGUCAAAACUAUUAAGUAUAUUUGUCAAUGAGAGCAGUAAUGAAGCCCAACAACAACGUUUCAACAAGUAUGUUACUUGUAAAAGAAAGUACCGCCAAGAAGACCAGGAGGUAUGCCAAGAAAGAGCAAAAACACCUUGAAAACAAGUUGUCUAAAGCUCCAGCUAAAAAGCAGGUCCUGAAAAAGCCAGCAAAACCAGUAAAUAAGCGCAAGAAAACACCUCGGAAAGUAGCUAAGAAGAUCGGAAGAGUUAAACUUGAAAAGAGACAGAAGAUUUCUGAUGAUCCUAACCAAAAUAGUUCUGAGAAGGCUAUUAAGCAAUCCAAAAUUGCUACCAAAGCUGUUCGUGCUAGAAAAGGUGCUGGACUGACCAAUUCCAAGACUUUGUCCAACCUGAGAAGCGCCAAAGCAGCUGCUAAGAAGAAGGAAGAGAGAAAUUUAGAGGCUGAAAACAGACAAUUUUCUGACUCUACUAGUCAUAAUAGCACUGCAAUUAUCACUAGUCAAGCCAGGAUUGCUUCAAAGAAUCCUUAUUACAGUCUUAUUGAUACUCUUCCCAAGGAAAUUCAGAGGAAAAUCGACUGGACACAAGAAAGCCUUGAAGGCAUGUUUAAAACCCUGACCCCUCCUAACGAGCAGAAGCCUUGAUUGGUCUUAAAAUGGCUGAAGAAGGUGUCAGAAAAUGAGAUCAGGAACAUCCAUGCCGAGAUGGCUAGCCUCAGGAUUAACGAAAAGGCUCUCAGAAGGAAACUAUUUGCUUCAUUUGAUAACUCUGAGUCCCUGAGCUUAUCUAACCAAAGCCAAAAUUCAGAUGUUAGCUUUAGAAAUACUAAAAAACAGUUGGUAGAAACUCCUUUGAAGCCUAAAAGAUCCAAUAAGACCAAUAACUUUGGCGGGAUUAAUGGUGAGAGUAACUCUGCUUGCUCAAAAACAACUUCUAAUACUAAGGCAAGUCCAAAUAUGGUGAGGAUCUCAAUGAAGCCGAAGAAGCUGAAUAUGAAUGUUCAGAGCCAUGUAGAAAACCAUCUUGGAAAAAUCCCUUCAAUUGUAUCUAUUGACCCAGGAAAAACGAUUAUAUUGAGGUUCGAGGCUCCUAAAAUAGUUGUGAAUGAGCCUAAACUUGACGUAAAAUGCAAAAAGAACAUAUUCAAGGAGGAAAUCCUUCCUGAACAAAAUAUGCAGAAUUUGAAUUCAAUCAAAGGUGUAAAACUCGAGAAAGAUAUCAAAGAGUCAAUGGAUGCUCCUAACAAGCCUCAUUCGAUCUAUAACAUGGACAUGUUCCCGUCUAUUGGAGACUAUCCACCCCAAGAAUCUCUUAAUUUAAGGUGGGAUAUGGAUUCGAUGAACCAAGAGGUCCCUCAGGCUAAUAAUUACUUAAAACCAGAGGUCCAUGAAAAGUUUAUUAAUCUGGAACAAUCUAAUAUUUCGCAAAUUAUGGAGUCCGUCGAAGGAUGCGGUGAUUUCUAUCUGAACAAACCCUUACUUUCAAUCAGUAAUGAGCAAAUGAAAAGUUAUCAAAUGGGAGGAACCUCAAUCCUAAACCAAUUUGGUAACAACAUUACUCCAAUCUUCAGUAUCAAUGAAGACAUGGGAGGAGACUUAAGAGGACAUAUAUUGGAGAGCGAGAACAGCCAGGAAGACCUGACUCCUACUCCUAGAAACAUCCCUCCUUUUGUGAUUACCCAGGGAGAAGACAUGAUGAGCGAGGAGUUCUAACUGUCAAACACAUUUUUAGAGAAAGUAGCAAUCUCGGGUAUUUCCUUUACAAUGGGGCCCAUUACUCUUAUUAUAAGAACAUCAAUUUUAUA